GUGUUUGGUUUCGGCUCGGAAGGAGGACUGGGAAACACAAGCAUCACUCCGCUGCCGGGGAGUCGGGAAACUGAGAUUUGUUUUACUUACAACAUUAAAUAUUUUAUUUCAAUUUCUGCAAUGAAUACGUAAACUUGCAUUCAUUCGGAAACAUCCCAAACAAGUUCUCAGAGGAGCGCAAGAUUACGCUGUAAAUGUAUCAAGAACUUGGAACCAAGCAUGAAAAAGGCGACCAAGCCCACGGCCGCCACCUCCAGGACCUCAGUGGGCACUAAAGCCCCAGGCAGAUCAGAGGGAAGCAGCAAUAUGGGCACAGGAGGAAAGAUGACAAAUAAAACCCAGAGUUCAGCUCCACUUUCUAAGGCGAAGAGCAGUGAUGAUCUUCCAGCGGUGAGCGCAGGAAGUGGAUCUGUUUCUGCUAGCAACAGUAACACUACUGCUAGAAACAAGAGAGGAUCCUCCUCUCAGAUCACCAGCAGCACUGAGACCAGGUCCAAGACCAGUUCAGGUCUUUCAGGAAGACGUGCAACGUCAUCCGUGUCUAAGGAGCCAGGCUUGACUAGAGAUAACUUGCGAGAACGAUCCAGAACCAGUGUUGCCAAAAAAACCACCGAUACCAUGCCUCAAAAGCGUUCACGGUGUCGUACCUUACCUGACUCUGAGUCAAAAAUGAGCAAAUCUCGCUCAGACAGCCAGAUAAACCAUAAAGCAGUUCUUGAGUGUCAAGUGAAUGACCUUCUUGGUUUAGCCAAGAGCAAAGACCUGGAAAUCCUUCAUCUUCGCUCUGAACUUCGAGGCAUGAGAACUCAGCUUGGCUUGGAAGAACUUGAGGCUCCUGAUCCAGAACAAGUGUCUCAAGAGACGACCAUGCAGCCUCCAGAGAAAGAGGUUAUCAGUGCCACAGAUGUGGAGUCUACUCUACUCCUCCUUCAAGACCAGAACCAGGGUAUCCUUGAUGAGUUAAAUAUGUUGAAAAGUGAAAACCGGAUGCUAAAGGAUCGCCUUAAUGCACUAGGUUUCUCUCUGGAGCAACGUCUAGACAGCCCUGAGAAAAGUCUGCGCUGCCUGUCUCUGAGUCCUGAGCAUGUCGUUGGCGGCGAUAGCAGUAGCGGAGGACACAGUGAAAGUUUACGGGGUGGUAUACGUGCAUCCUCUGCAGAAGGCUCUGCUCAAGGCUCUACAGAGGACCUGCUGUCAGAACAAAGACAUUUAGGCUCUCCUGAUGCAGUAGACAGUGAGUGCAGUGAGGCCUACCAGCCGAUCACCUCCAGCGAUGAUGCUCUAGAUGCACCAUCAGGUUGUGGAUCAUCUUCUGAAUCAGAAGGUGGGCUGCCGAGCCGGGAACAUUCCCGUAGAGGCAGCAGUGGGAACACCAGUGAGGUUUCUGUGGCCUGCUUGACUGAGCGAAUCCAUCAAAUGGAGGAAAACCAACACAGCACGUCAGAAGAACUCCAGGCCACCCUGCAGGAGCUUGCAGAUCUGCAGCAGAUCACGCAAGAGCUGAGCACAGAGAAUGAACGUCUAGGCGAGGAGCGUGCCAUUCUGGUCGACUCCCUCUGUCAGCAAGGGGAGCGUCUGGAACUAUACGGAAGACAACUGGAGUACUUUCGUGGACUUCUUGAUGAGCAUCGUGUGGCCUAUGCCAAGGAUGAUGAAGAUGCCAAAAGUGGGCGCUAUAUAGAGCUGGAGAGGCGCUAUGCUGAGCUGAACGAGGGCUCGCGUUUUGAGCGGGAGCAACUUCUGGGAGUGCAGCAACAACUAAGCAGUGCCCUAAAGAUGGCAGAACAUGAAAAUGCAGAAUCCCAAGGCCUCAUGGCGGCAUUGAAAGAGCGUGUUCAUAUGGCAGAAAGAGCUGUGGAAAUAGAGCGGAGGGAGCGAGCAGUUGCCAAAGCAGAGUUGGAGGCAUUAAGAAUGCUAUCCGAAGGGGAGCAGGUGGAGCUGAAGCGCUGUAGAAUCCAGCUUGAGCAAGAGAGGCAGAGAGUGGCCCAGCUCCUCUCCAUCCACAAUGCAGGGGAUAAGACGGACAUACGCCACCUGCUGGACAGCGAGAGACUAGAUAAAGAGCGAGCAGAGGCCAAAGCAGCUCAGUUACAAGAAGAACUUGGGCACACACGCUGUGAAGCUGCCCAGCUCCAGGAGGCAAUUAGCAAGCUUGAGGACGAGUUUCGGGCAUUUCGGGAUGACGUCCAGUCGCAGUUAGCAGAGCAGAAGAGGCUAUUGGAGCAGCAGUGUUCUGAGCUGGAGGAGAAGGACACCGAGAUCGCUGACAUGAAGGAGACCAUUUUUGAGCUGGAGGAUGAAGUCGAACAGCAUCGUGCUGUCAAGCUCCAUGAUAACCUCAUCAUUUCUGACCUGGAGAAUUCCAUCAAAAAGCUUCAUGAUCAAAAAUACGACAUGGAGAAGGAGAUUAAAGUUCUUCAUCGAAAACUGCGGGAGGAAUCGGCAGAAUGGCGUCAGUUUCAAGCAGACCUGCAAACAGCCGUCAUCAUCGCCAACGACAUCAAGACCGAAGCUCAGGAGGAGAUCGGAGACCUGCGGCGCCGCUUACAAGAGGCUCAAGAGAAAAAUGAGAAAAUGAACAAAGAGCUGGAGGAGCUGAAGAGCCGGAAGCAGGAUGAGGAGCGUGGCCGUGUGUAUAAUUAUAUGAAUGCCGUGGAGAGGGAUCUGGCUGCGCUGAGGCAGGGAAUGGGCCUGAGUCGACGUUCCUCCACUUCCUCUGAACCUUCACCCACUGUCAAAACACUCAUUAAGAGCUUCGACAGCGCCUCACAAGGUCCUGUUCAAGGCAGUCCGACUGCUGCUGUUGCUACUGCUACUGUGAUUUCCAGAACACCCCUGAGUCCCAGUCCAGUCAAAACCCCUCCAGCUGCUGCCGUCUCCCCUAUACAAAGACACACCAUCAGCUCCUCUAAACCUCUGUCAUCAAUGCUGGACAAGAGGCCGAGCUUCAAUGACCUGAACAUACCAGCAGAGCACCUCUUGCGCACCUCACCUGUAACACGGCCUGGCUGCCCCAUUCAGAGAGUCACAAACAUGGACACCAGUAAGGCCAUUUCAGUUUCCCGCAGGAGCAGUGAGGAGUUGAAGAGAGAUUUGUUGGUCCCGGAUUCGGCAGCUCCAUCGUCCCUAAUGUCUUCUCCACAGAUGUCUCUGUCCUCAAAUGCAUCCUCUCCCACUGCCUCCAUCACACCCACCACACGAGGACGAUUACGGGAGGAACGGAAGGACCCUCUGUCUGCACUGGCCAGGGAAUAUGGAGGAUCCAAGAGAAACGCUUUGCUCCGCUGGUGCCAGAAGAAGACCGAGGGCUAUCAGAACAUUGACAUCACCAACUUCAGCAGCAGCUGGAAUGAUGGGCUCGCUUUCUGUGCCAUCCUUCACACCUACCUGCCUGCACACAUCCCUUAUCAUGAGCUCAACAGCUUGGACAAGAGGCGAAAUUUCACUUUAGCCUUUCAGGCAGCAGAAAGCGUUGGAAUUAAAUCAACACUGGACAUUGGUGAAAUGGUGCACACAGAAAGACCGGACUGGCAAAGCGUCAUGACCUACGUGACGUCCAUCUAUAAAUAUUUUGAGACCUGAGAAUCUUCUAGAACGUCCAUAUCAGCAGCUUUAGUCUCACCUCGGUCCUUGCUAUUUCCAAGAUGCUACAAAUUUCCAAGAUGCCUUCGCUGCGUUGCCAUCGUACAAUCUUGUGUUUUCCCAGAAUCCUCUAUGGCUGCUGAAACAGGUCAGAUCCUACUAAAGCUUUGAGUUGCAAAAAGACGGGAGGUUGGCAGACAGCAACUUCCUUUAAGAACAUUACAAAAUGAUUUAAUGUGAAUUGUGCCAAUUAAGCAACUAAAAUGUGGACUUCCGAAUACAAAUGCCUUUGAGAGAUGCCUUGUUUUCCAGUUUUAUUCCAGUGUUGGUCUUAGAUUAUCAGUAUUUAUUCCAAAGAACAGGAUUCGUCCACUCAAAUGUUUUUGCUUACCCUGAAUAAGCUCGAUUUUCUUUCAUUUAAUUUAUUUAGGUUUCUCUAACAAAUCAGAGUGGGUUAUAUCACCUGAAAACUGAUAUCAUGUUCUCAAACUCAUAUGACUUUAAGUUCAUCUUGGAGCACAAAUUAGUUUUUUUAUAUACGUCAAAGGUUUUUUUUUAUGCAAUCUGAGAUAUUUCAGUCCCUCCUCUGAAGACCACUGUUCACCCAAAGCUCUGGUGCUUCUAAAAAGAAAAUCCUUAUGGGAUCCAUAUUAAGUGGUUAUAAUUUUUGUGGAUGCUCAAAUGUGCCAUGUGACUUGCACGAAUGAAUCUCAUUGGUUUUUGCAGAAGCUCAAAUGUACUGCGUAACAGAAGAAUGAAUUUCGCUGGCUUCUUCAGAAGCUCAAAUACGGCAUGUGACAUGCAAGAAUGAGUGUAAUUGGUUCUUGCAGAAGUUUAAAUGUGCUGUGUAACACAAGAAUGAAUUUUGCUGGUUCUUGCAGAAGCUCAAAUACGCCAUGUGUCAUGCAAGAAUGAAUCUCAUUGGUUCUCACAGAAGCUUAAAUGUGCUGCAACACAAGAAUGAAUCUCAUUGGUUCUCACGGAAGCUUAAAUGUGCUGCAACACAAGAAUGAAUCUCAUUGGUUCUCACAGAAGCUCAAAUGUGCUGCAACACAAGAAUGAAUCUCAUUGGUUCUCACAGAAGCUUUGAUGUGCUGCAACACAAGAAUGAAUCUCAUUGGUUCUCACAGAAGCUCAAAUGUGCUGCAACACAAGAAUGAAUCUCAUUGGUUCUCACAGAAGCUUUGAUCUGCUGCCUAACACAAAAAUGAAUCUCAUUGGUUCUCACAGAAGCUUUGAUGUGCUGCCUAACACAAGAAUGAAUGCCAUUGGUUCUCGCAGAACCUCAAAUACACUAUGUGUCUUGCAAGAAUGAAUCUCAUUGGUUCUUGCAGAAACUCAAAUGUGCUGCCUAACACAAGAAUGAAUCUCAUUGGUUCUUGCAGAAACUCAAAUGUGCUGCCUAACACAAGAAUGAAUCUCAUUGGUUCUUGCAGAAACUCAAAUGUGCUGCCUAACACAAGAAUGAAUCUCAUUGGUUCUUGCAGAAGCUUUAAUGUGCUGCCUAACGCAAGAAUGAAUCUCAUUGGUUCUUGCAGAAACUCAAAUGUGCUGCCUAACACAAGAAUGAAUCUCAUUGGUUCUUGCAGAAGCUUUAUUGUGCUGCCUAACACAAGAAUGAAUCUCAUUGGUUCUUGCAGAAACUCAAAUGUGCUGCCUAACACAAGAAUGAAUGCCAUUGGUUCUCGUAGAAGCUCAAAUACACCAUGUGACUUGCAAGAAUGAAUCUCAUUGGUUCUUGCAGAAGCUUUUAUGUGCUGCAUAACAUAAAAAAAUGAAUCUCAUUGGUUCUUGCAGAAACUCAAAUGUGCUGCCUAACACAAGAAUGAAUAUCAUUGGUUCUUGCAGAAACUCAAAUGUGCUGCCUAACACAAGAAUGAAUAUCAUUGGUUCUUGCAGAAACUCAAAUGUGCUGCCUAACACAAGAAUGAAUCUCAUUGGUUCUUGCAGAAACUCAAAUGUGCUGCCUAACACAAGAAUGAAUCUCAUUGGUUCUUGCAGAAACUCAAAUGUGCUGCCUAACACAAGAAUGAAUCUUAUUGGUUCUUGCAGAAACUCAAAUGUGCUGUAUAACACAACAAUGAAUCUCAUUGGUUUUCAUUUGUCAAUCAAGCAUACUUGAGCCUCUGUGAGCAAAUUUGAAUGCUGUAAACACUUUUUAAUCUUUACUUUUAAAUGAAUUAAAGCCAACAUUUAUUGAUUCUUAGAAGUGAUUUUAUUUUGAAUUAAACCACUCGGUCCACUUGGACUUAAUCCUAAUUGGAUGAUUCAAGUGAACAUGGAGGGACAGAAAUCUCUCAGAUUUGAUUCACAAACACAUUUCUUAUAAGUUUAAGAGGUUAAAUAAACAAUGACUGAAUUUUCAACCUAGUUUUGUUGCUAUUAUAACACUAUACCAUGUUUGGACACUAAAUGAAAGCUAUUUAUUAAUCUAAUAUGUCAUUUAAACCAGCCCCCCCCCCCCCCCCUCCCCUCAUAAUCCUCAUUCCAGCUGAUCACUGAACACACUGCUAGAUGUUUUAAUUUGAAAUAUCAGCACAAAUGAAAUGCACGGCUGCUCGUUUUUAUUUUUGAUUAUUAAUAUUAUUUUCCAAAGUUUCAGCAUUUCAGUUGUUUUUGUCUUCUUUUGUCUAGUGACUAAUCCUUAUUUGACACAUAAAGCCAGCUUUGUUAUGGAAGCUUCACUGAUUCAGAUUGAGUUCGUCUUUUUGGGUGUAAAAGCACAAAUAAAUAAAAGGCUGAAUGUGUUUUCACUGAAAUGAAAUGUGAAAUGAGACGACUACAAUCCAUCCGCGGGUUUACUCAAGCAUUGUACCUCCUUCGUUUUUAUAUUGAACUUUAGUCUGCACAAAAAUCCGAAGCCUUACAUAGGAAUAGGACAAGCCAAGAGCACAAUACUCGUUUGCCAUGCUGUCUUCGAUGCACUGCUGAUUCAAUUUUAUUAAUAUUAUUAUUAUUUUGGUGACUAAACGACCAAUUUGAUGCAAGGGAUCAAAGCGGGUUGCAGCACGGUUUAUGACAGCAGUACAAAAUGUAUCUUAUGUCAAGGGCAAAUCAUGUUUGAUGCAAAACUAACUUAUUGUAUUUACACUACAUAGAGCUCUGUUGUGUUUUAUGUGAUUUUGUUUGUAUGUGGAACUGCCAUUGACACUGACGUUGGAUUUCCGAGAAAAGGUCAGUAGUGACUAGGACUAUUUUUGUUAGGAUUUUCUCGUAAGUUGUUGGUGGUGAACGCUGUUUUGCUACCUAAUCGUAUGACGUUUGAUUAUGAAGAUUUUGAUUUGAAGUAAAUCAUAUCUUGCUGUGAUUUCCUUGCUAUAAUUAACAUUUGUGUGAAUUCUGGAAUGUUUGCCUUGUUGACACUAUAAAUACUUGUUCGUUUCACCUGAAAGUUUCCUAGAGCACUGCAUGACGUGUUGAGGGGAGGAUUGUUUUGAUUAAAUGUUUCCUGUAAGCAAGGAUUUGAGAGAUCAAUACUUGUGCACAAAUACAGUUUGAUAUUUUCAUGUA